UUCUUCUCGUUCCUGCAUCUCAUUGAAGGCAAGAGCAGGCGAAGGAAAAAGACGCCCCUGUGGAGAACUGAAAGGUCUUUGUUGUGCUACAGCUUUUACCCACACUGAGAGAGGCCCACUGAGCCGGGAAGAUGCGUGAGUACACAGAGAAGAAGGAGACGUGCGGCACGAUCUGCCUCAAAUACCUGCUCUUCAUCUUUAACUUCUUCUUCUGGCUGGCAGGCGGGGCCGUGAUGGCAGUGGGCAUCUGGACCCUGGCUGAGAAGAGCGACUACAUCAGUCUCCUGUCCUCCAACACGUACAUGGCAACCACCUACAUCCUGAUAGUGGCGGGGAUCGUCGUCAUGGUUACUGGCGUCCUCGGGUGCUGCGCCACCUUCAAAGAGCGACGGAACCUGCUGAGAGUGUACUUCAUAUUGCUCCUGUGCAUUUUCCUGCUUGAGAUCAUUGCUGGAAUCCUGGCCUAUAUCUACUACCAACAGUUCUUCCCCGUGAGCCCACAGCUGAGUUUGGAGCUGAAGCAAAACCUCAAGGAGACCAUGACCAAGAAGUACCGGCAGGAAGGUGAGGAGAGUGUGACCAGUGCGGUGGACAAACUGCAGCAGGAGUUCAAGUGCUGCGGCAGCAAUAAUGCUACAGACUGGAGUGAGAGCUUGUGGAUCAAAUCCGGGGAAGCUGGAGGGCGGAAAUUCCCAGACAGCUGUUGUAAGACGAUAACAGAUUUGUGUGGCCGGAGAGACCAUCCUUCCAACAUCUACAAGGAGGGUGGCUGCAUCACUAAGCUGGAAAAUUUCAUCCAGGAACACUUGAAGAUUAUUGGAGCGGUGGGGAUUGGCAUUGCUUGCGUUCAGAUCUUUGGGAUGAUCUUCACCUGCUGCUUGUACAAGAGUUUAAAGUCGGAGCCUUACUAGGAGCACCAGGAAAUCCAUCAGCUCCCCCUUCUCCACCAACCCCCUCAAUGCCACCAACCUCACCAGCUUCCACCCAGCCGCACAGAAACACCAGUAACCUGAGGACUUGCCUUCCUAAUGAAAUGACUCUUGGAGCAUCCAGCAUUUACCCUGCCUCUGCCAGAGAAGGCCGCUCUCCGUGGGGGGAUGGCCAGGAUGGCCAGAAGUUCAGUGGGUUUCCCAUGUGUCCUAGAGCGACUGAGUUGUGGAUUCCUCUCUGCCAGAAGCUUUACCAGACCAGGUCCAUGUUGUAACCUCAAAGGGAGACCAAUGGGGCCCAGCCAUUGAGGUGUCCAGAUUCCACACAAGAACGAUGGCUUGCUCCGGCUGACAGACUGCGCUGACCAUGAGGACGACGAUGACGUCUCUGUGCUGGGCGAGAGCCCGCACCACUUCUCCUCCUAUCCAGAAGGUUCCUUUCAGGCUGGGCCCUAACAGAGGCCCAGACCUGCUCUUGUCAGUUGCUGCCGUCACCUCUCUCCGUCUCUCCAGCAGAAGGAGGACCUGCCACAACUCUGCUCUUGCCUAGGGAUGUGGCUGGUUGGGGUUACACCACGACCUUCCCCUUCUUCCUCAAGGCCUCCCUGCCAUUCACAGCCCAUUGAGAGAACAGCAGCCUUUAGCCUUCAGUGACUGGAGAGGGGGAUGUUCAAUCAUUCUCUGAUUCUCUGUGAUUUUUUUAUUUUUUUUAUUUAGUGGCUUCCCCUGUAAAUGGGAAAAAUUAACCUGCCCCCCUCCCGCAUCUUGGCCUUACAAGGGGUAUAUAUAAUGGGUCCAUGUGAGGAAAGUUCUGUACCUUGCCACAUAUGGCUGUUAAAAUCUUUUUGCCUUUUCAGUUAUGGGAAUGGCUUCCUGGCACAUCCUUCCCCAGAUAAACCCUCUGAGUGAUGAGAUACUCCCCAGCCUUAAAGAUUAAUUCCUGCCCAUGAGAGACAGGUGUGGAGGCUGUAGAGGAAAGGCACUAAGGAUUUUGUACAAGCCUCUCCAGAUCUCAUUAAUCUCUAAUUGUCUCUGAUUAAACCUGCAACCCUGUGUUCUCAUUCCUCUCACCUAAUAACCUGCAGGGGUAGCUUCAUCCCAUUGCAAAAUAUACCUAGUACAUUUGGUAGGACCAGGAGGUGCUAGUUAACUGUCUGGUGGCUGCAGAUUACGAAGUGUAAAUGCAAAGGUGAUUCCACUAGAAUCUGUGGCACUGUCAUAGCAAUAGAUGCCUGUUGCCACCAUAAUCUCCUCUGGUGGCUGUGGACCCUGAUGCCAGCUGAGUGCUAGCCUCAACUCAUGAUAGCUGCUAUGUUGCCCAAGGUGUGUAGCUCUGAACUGCCAAUGCUCCCAAGGGAUAGACCUGGCACACAGGCACCUGCCAGCUUUGGCGCUCACACAAGUCGGUAGGGCUGUGAAAUUGUCAUAGCAACUUUAGAGAUGCAGGAGUGAAAAUUUGGUCCUCGACCAUCCACGUGGGUAAUUAGUUCUGCUGCCAGAUUAAAUCUGGAUUGGCUGCCUUUCUAAAAAAUUGUAUUGAAGCUCAACCCUCAGAGGUGGGUUGGAUGCAGGAGUCACUGAGUGAAGUUCUCUGGCUGAAUUCUGCAGGAGGUUGGACCCGAGGGCCCCUGCUGGCCUUGCCAGCUAGCUCAGUGCUAGAGAGUGGGUGACACGUUCCUGAAGGGAGCAGCGUGGACUAGCGGCUGCAGUAGAGAAAACACCCAUGGGGGUUGAGGGAAAGUGCUUUAAGACAUUCCAGGCCUAGGGGUAUCGGUGAGCUUAGCCUGACAGUUUGGUGCAGGUCACUGGGGUGUUCAACUGCAGCUUCUCUGGCUCCCCUCGAAGCGGGCUGGCUAAUUGGAAGUGUGGGCGGCCGUGUCCUGUCCAGACCUCUGUGGUGCAGGACCCUGGAGUAUAGUCCUUGUGGGAGGGUGGGGCGGAUUCUAGCCACGUUUGUAGAAAUCCAACCUCUCCUUGGGCUGGCACCUGGCUUUUCCUUUCAGAGCCCUCCAAGCACCACGGGGUGAGUGUGAUCCUUGUCCUCCCCAGACACUGCAGUGCUGAUCUGUUUCAACACUAGCCACUCCUGGCUCCUUUCCAUCAUAUGCGCUGUCAGUGACCCCCUCCCACCCUAGGAAACCCCUGUCCACACCCAACACAGAGUCCUAUCCAUGGUGACCUCCACCCCCCUGGAUUCGCUAUGCCACCCAGCAGAGCAGCAGACCGACGGCAUUCGUUGGAGCUGGAUCCUGUGCCCUUCUGUGUCUGAUCUUAAGAUCUCUGUGGUCCUGGUGCUGGAGGGGAGAAAUCACAAGCUACGGGGGCAGGUCAUUUCUCCCCCAUCAGCACCUGCAAAUCCCAUCCCUCACACUGAUUAUGCCCUUCUGCCCCCUCAGCCCCUUCCCCUGGGUGCACAUACUGCCUGAAGUGAUAACUCAGAAGCUCAUGUGGGGGAGGGGGGUGCAGUAAAGUGAAUAAAGCAGGGCUGUGUGGGUUGGUGUUCCUCUGAACCAAGAGUCCCGGCCUAAGAGUGUCCGUGGGCCUCCUGUCAGCGAACAGAGGUGGAGUGUGGGUGGAGAAAGUCAAGACGACAGUACAAGCUGAGUGACUUGUUCUCUUCCUUGGGCUUUUGUUAUGGAGUUUGUCAUGACUCUGGGCACAUACCGAGCCCCACAACCAGACAGUUAACAAUUGUGGAAUCCCCCAGUGUCCCACAGGGCCUGUUACGCCAUCAGGAGUCUCCAUAGAGCAGAGCAUCCUAGUGAGAGAUUAACAGGUGGUGAAGUUUGAAAAAAAAAUCAGGGCAGGUGAAACCCCAAUGUACCAGCAAAGUGAAAUAAUUUUUGAUGUUCCCACAGGCAAAGAGUGUGAGGGAGGGCAUUUGUGCCCCUGGAGUGGUGGACGGGAGGAAAGCGAGCCUAUGUUAUUGCAGAAUGCUCUGUCCAGGAUAAAACUCUAAAUUAUUGCUCAUUUUACACUUCCAUUCCGGAGAAGUUGACUAGUAACAAAAAGGAAAUUACUGUUCUGAGGACAUUGCUUGAGGCGGUAUUUCUAGUUCCUUAAGCAUGUACUGCUGGUUGUCUGUACCCACUCCCUGGAAGACAUGCUCUCCAGAGGGAGGGAGUGGCCAGGCAGAAUGGGCUGGGGUCAAGUCAGUAACCUGUGUCCACGGAGCUGUUUUAUAUUUCUCCCAUGUAAUAUUCAUGCUUUUUUUAAAACUCUGUUUAAGUUGCUGGCCAAUAAAGCUAAAGACUCUCUACUUA